AUGAAGCUAUUUUCUAAAUAGUCUUAUAUAAUUCUUCAAUAAGCAAUAUUUAUUGAAUUUUGUUAAAAAAUUAAAUUUAUAAUUUUAUAAGAAAGUUUUAUUAAUGACAAAAUAUCGAAUAAUGAAACAGCAUCUAUCUUCUUAAUUGACUAUUAAAAAUCUCAAUAAGAGUUCUUAAAUAAUCUUUUAAAAUUUGAAUUUUGUAUUGAUAUCAUCCAUCAAAAAAUCAGGAAAAUCAAUCUCUACCAAAAAAUUAUAGAUUUAAAUUUCUUACCAAAAACUGAAAUUAUAAAGGUCAUUAUAACCCUUAACUUGCUCUAAUUAUAUAAUUUUAAUUCUAUAAAGAAAAUUUUCUUAAGUUGUUUAUUAGUUCUAAGAGCCUGCAAAAGAUUACUAAAAUAAUUUUGCAAAGUAUAAAAGAUGCAAUUUUAGGUUUAAAAAGAUUAUCAAGUUGUGAAAAUCAUUACAGAAACAGUUUUAAAUGGUAUUUAAUUAGUGUUGGGGAAUUAGCAAAAAAUCAUUAUUUUAUUAAAUUUUCUGUCUUUCGAUAAUUUAAAAAAUCCUUAAUUCCAUAUUAAAGCAACAACAUCUAAGUAGCUUAUAAAGAAAUUAAAUUUUAAUUUGAGAGUCUGA